GUGCAAUGUAGCCGGCUUUACUCCAACGGUGUUUACUUCCGUGUCAAACGAAAUGGUGUUCAUUUAGUUGAGAAGGAUACUUUAAGAUCUACUUUAUUCAACGGAUUCUGACAUCAUUUUUCAUGACACAGAUGCAAAGCAGUACGAUCUGAUACCAUCAUCCAAUCCUUGCCUGUUGUCCCAUCCUGGAAUCUACCGCUGACAAGCAAGCUCAAGGGUCAUUUGUUCUGGGGUAGUGUCUGCCCAUCCUGGAAUAUACCGCUGACCAGCAAACUCAAGGCUUAUUCGUCCUGGGGUAGUGUCUUCAGCUGUGAUCACAUCUUGCCCAGCUGCUUUGCAUCUGCAUCUUGGCGCCAGGUGUUUCAAGGCUGCUCCCUCUUCCUUGGGGAUUCCAGGUGCGAGACCGCCUUAUCAUAUUUGAUGCACGCUUGCUAAGGCUUUAUCCUGUCCAACUUCACCGUCUCUCAAGGAUUUCUCCAUCAAGGGGCUGCACCUCAUCUAAGAUCAUCUACCAAAAAAUACAAACGUCUGACUCAAAUAAAGAAUGUUCAAGUUGAACAUGAUGGGCAUCCCUAUUACUGCAGGAAUUGGCUGACAGAUUGCAAUUCUCAGAUUCUUGCAGUUACAUCAAAACACGUUUGAAACUGACCUGGGUAUCUCCUACAUUGUGUGACUGAGAAUUUAGAAACAAAAAAUGAAAAGUUGGAAACACAUUGGAUCUACAGUCAUUUGCAUGUGCAAUUUCUGAAUAUUGAGCGCAACAUGUGAUAUGCUCCCUGUGAUAACUCAUGGCAAAAGAUUUAUUUGUAAUUCAGAAGGAUAAUUGACUUCAUAUUAAAAUAAUUUCACCGAUUUUAUUUUUUUUAUUUGAUGUUGGCAUGUUUUCAAUCAAUAUUCCAUUUUUAUUAAAAUUGCGGUUCAUAAAGUUAAGCCACUCAGAACUUCAUGCAUCUACUGGGCUGGUUUAGAUGGACUGUAUGGACUGCAGUAGUGACACAGAUCCUGUUGGCAUCUGGGGGACUGCUACCUCAAAGGCAUGAAAAAAGAUCCGUCCCUGUCUGGAAAACCCCAGUCAGUACCAAGGGAGACAACUCUACACCUCCAUCAGACAGUUACGUGGAAUUCUGGAAGCAGCACAAUCAUGGGUUGUGUGAUUUGGGUAUGGUCUCACAGAGGAACAACACUGUGUGCUGUCUGCCCACUAGCUGCAAGCCAGGCUACGGACUUGAGGCGUGUUCUGUGAAUCAUACUGAAGAUUUGUGCAUUCCUUGUAAAGAGGGCUUUGUACAACGGCUCAAUGUGUCUUCAUUGAAUAUGCAGAAUACAGCUUGUUUUAAGGAGGUGGAAAGAAAUCAUAAGAGAUGUCCCCUAGAUGACUUCAAUGCAGUCGAGACUGGCAAGUUUUCAAAAGGGAUGCCUUUGUCAUGCGAAUGUGCCCUGGAGAAAUGUCAUUGGCCGGAGACGUCCUAUAAAGAUGCAGGCUCCUGUAAAACAGAAGACCCCUGUCCGGCUCAUCACCAGCUCAGCAAGCUUACUGGCGAGUGUGAGCCGUGCCCCUGGUACGCUGACAAGGACCAACCGGGCUGCUGGCCCUGUGUCAUUAAUGUUACACUUCUGAGGUUGGGUCGUCCUGACCCCGAUGCUCGUGUCAGAUUGACAGCAACGCUCAGCACAACUACCACAGUGUCUCAAACAUCGCCUAUGGUUGAGAAAGAUAACGUAUCUAAAGAAAGCAAGUCCCAUGGACAUGAGCCCUUUUAUGGUAUCAACACAACUAUUGUCUCGGUUUCAGUGCUGGGAACACUUGUGCUUAUUCUCGGGCUUAUUCUCAUAUUCUGCUUCGUCUGCAGACGUCACAAAGUGUGUCAACAACUCAGCGACUAUUUCUCCAAAGGCCCAUCCCAAGGUUCAGCACAAGACUUGCUGUCUCCACAAACACGAACACCAACCACUCCUACAAUUAAUGACGGCCAUAGUAACCUUGUUAACAUGAGAGCUUCAUCAACGACUAAUGCUCUUCAGAACAGAGAAGCUCAAUCUUUGCCCGUUGAAGCCAGACCAAAGGUUCAUAACUCAACAAAUGUUCCAACUCCAUGCAGAGGUUCUCUAAUUAACCAAGGGCAGAUAAAUGGGGCCAAUGCUUCCAUCGGACAUAAUACAUAUAGUAGUUCGCCAAUCAAUCAUGAUUCAGCACUUGAACCCUUGUUACCAUUGAACCCAGAUGAAACCCUAGCCAAGUCAACACUAUAUCCAGACCUUUCUGGGUUUCUAAAUACUACAGGUAGUACCAGUAACCAUGGGAAGGUUGCUCUUCGACAAUUGGAUGAGUUUUACAGAAUUUAUCAACCUUUAAAUACUGAGAUUUCUAUGAGAGAAGAUACGAUUGGUGACACCCUGUCUGAAGACCAUGGCAUUGAUGAUGGCAGGAUGCAUACAGGGUCAAACAGCGUGAGAGUGGCAGCAGUCUCUGAUGAAGUGAGCACUAACAGAACCAGGGAUCUGAAGGCAAUUGGUGUAGAACCGAACAGGAAGGAGACAAUGCAAAAGUCCAAGUUUAGCUCUGGAUUGCAGUCUAAUAACAAGAAAUGUAAGGGUAACAAUGAGGAUAAUGGAAAUGACAAUGCAAGAGCUGGUGUUGGGUCAACAAUUAACUUUAAUGCGCCUAUAAACAACUCUGUCAUUAACAUUAAUAUUGAUGGUGGGGCAGUUAGGAUAGGUGGAGAAGAGAAAUUGGGGAGGCGCCAAUGGCAGAGAUUGCAAGGAAGGACAGCAACUGCUACCACGAUUAUUGAAGCAUCUUGCAACAAUAUGGACAAAGGAAUCAGUGAAUUUCAAAGUGGAUGUGAAAAUGUUGAGAGCGGUGAGGCUGAAAGUAAUGACUAUAAUAUUAGCGUCGUUAAAAGGAAUAAUAUAUCUUUCUCGGAUGAAGCAAGUGAGGAAGAGCAUUCCUGUGAAGAGUCUACUGAUUCAGCAUCAGUAGAAGAUGAUGAAAAGAAGUUGAAAAUCGAGAAAAAGGAUCCACCAGUUGUUGCUGAUCGACCAGUUGGUGUUGUUGUCCCAUUUGGCAGACAAAGUGGUCACCCUGUUUACCAUAGCAACGCGCGAGACCACUCAAACAUUUCGUCUGGAUACGGCCUAGCGCACAUGUCUCAGCCACUUUCACACAUUACCCAGAAUGCAUUACCUUUUGAAGAAAGUGAGGUCUCAAUUGAUUCUCGGCAUCUAGUAUUGCCACGGCAUACAUCAAGUACCCGGGCCAAUGCCGGUUCAUUGUCACCAUUACCGCGAAGCACAGAAUUACAGAUGCAGCGUCUUAAAGUUUGGGAACAUGCAAGCGAGACUGUACCAAAAACUGUAGACUAUGAUGAAGAUGACAUGGGGUUAACUGUGGAGCCACAGGGUUUGCAAGAGUUAUGUGAUCCUGACCAGACUGAGAGAAAAGAGGCGGCUUAUGAUCGCCAUGGCGAGGAACAAACCGAGUUGAAACGUGUGGCUGGAUUGGAUGAGGAUUGAACAUUGAUCUUCAAUGCUGAAUUUAUGUAGUACAUAUACUAAAGAAUAAAUAUAUAACAAUGGAUUUGCAUCUGAAUAUAUCUGAAUUCCUUAAGGGAAAAAAUCAGUUGUGUGAUUCUUGAUAUAUUUCUGAAUAAAAGAAAAACAAAUUCAACAAGUACUCUUGUCAAAAAAGAUGUCUUUUGUGAUGGAUGUACCAAUAACUUCUUUUGAGAAAAACUGAAUAAUAACAGAAAAUUAUACACUGCUGUCAAACUUGUAAAGCCAAAGGCUUACAAAAACCCUAUGAGGUUUUUUCUUGACAUCUGUAAAUUAUAUUAUUUUUCAUUUAUAUUUAGAACUUUUUCUGUUUCAUGUUUUUAUUUAACAUGAAGUGCUUCCUGUGGCGCUAAUUUCUCAACUACUUUCUAUUUAAGUGGUUACUUUGCACUAAAAUAAAACAUUGAAUUUAUAUCUUUAAUAUUAAUUUUAAAAUACCAUUUUUUAAUUGUAAGAAAUCAUGUGUAUUAAAUAAUUUAUUUUAAAUUUAGAAAAAAAUGUGAACUCUUACCGGGGUAUGUUGUUAAUGACAAUGUCUAUUUGUAUCAUGUUAGCACUAUGAUUUAUUUGUUUUGAUUUGUAUGAAAUUAAUUUUCUGACUAUCAAAUGUUAUAUAUUGAGACAUAGUAUAUAUAAAGCUCCAGUAUUUAUAAUGCAAAAUCAUAUUUGAAUAUAUUUUUACGUAGCACAAUAUGUCAUCUGUUUGAGUAUCACAAGUGUGAUAUCAGACACAGCUCUAUAAGUAUUUAUAAUACAAUUGUUGUAAACAAUGCUGAACUUGAAAUGAGUUUAAUAUGCAUAUUAAAGUUGAAGUCAUAGCUCACCAAUAUAAAGUGAGUAGUGGAAAACACCAGGAACCAUAAUUCUUGACAAGUUCUUUCACUUUUUUAG